AUGGCCGCCGUAAUAUUACAAAGGCAACGCCAGCGGCGAAAAAGGCGAAAUUUCAAGGAACGUGUGGUUACCAUUGACCACUUGACAGAGCAGGAGGUCAUCUCCAGAUACAGACUUGACAAGCGUCAAUUGCAGAGUUGGAGGGCCUCUGUUCUCAUUGGGCUGAGAUUUCUGGCUAAGGGUGACUUUUUAUCAGAGGUCGCAGAUUUGCAUGGGGUUUCCAAGGCCACAGCAGCCACUGUAGUGGAUGAGUUCAUUAACAGUGUGAAUCUAAGGUUAAGGAACAUCAGGUUUCCAACAGAUAGAAUUGAGUUAAAUGAAAUAAAAAGGAAAUUCUACCAAAAGUGUAGAAUGCCCAACAUCAUAGGAGCAGUAGAUGGUACGUUAAUACCAAUUCAAGCACCCACAGAAGAUGAGGCAGCAUAUGUUUGUAGAAAGAACUACCAUGCUCUAAAUGUUCAAGCCGUUUGUGAUCCAGAUGCAAGAUUUACAGAUGUUGUUGCCAUGUGGCCAGGGUCCCAGCAUGAUGCAGCAAUUUUCAACUCCUGUGGUUUGAAGAAUCAUCUUGAACUGAAUGAUAUUGGCAUGCUGCUUGGUGACAGUGGAUACCCUCUUAAGAAGUACCUGCUGACACCAAAGCUUAAUCCAAGUACACCACAGGAGGUUGAAUUCAACAAAUACCAUAGUAGAGGCAGAAUAGUCAUUGAGAAAGCCUUUGGUCUAUUAAAGUCACGUUUUCGUUGCCUGCACAGAACUGGCGGAGUACUCCAAUUCAGACCAGGAAAAUGCAGCCAAGUGGUGUUGGCAUGUAUGAGGCUGCACAAUUUAUGUGUGAGCAGAAAUGUACCAGAGCCCCCUGCAGUAGCUGCAGAUGAUGACAAUGCUCCAUAUACAUGUAUUAACAAUCAAGGAGGAGUUGAAGACAGGCAUAUAAGACAAGCUAUAAUCAAUUUGUUCUGACAUUUAAGAUUGUGUAGUGUUUAAAGCUGCUCACCAUCAGAUAUUUGGUGAAAAAGAGAAGUUCCUUCAAAGUGUCUAAGAUAAAUGUCCAUUUUUAGCUCGACUAUACAACGUAUGGAGAGCUAUCCUACUCGACCUGGCCAUAACUCUGGCACCAAUAUUUCAUGAAUUAUCUCCCCUUUUUACUUAGAAUUCAGGGUUAAAGUUUUGGUGCACUUCCACUUUAUCUCAGUUGUUACUGAAUGGAUUUGAUUCAAACUUAAAAUAGUUGUUCAACAUCAUCACACACAUCAUGUGGCACAAGGGUCAUAACUAUGGCACCAAUAUUUCAUGAUUUAUCCCCACUUUAUACUUAGAGUUUCAGGUUAAAAUUUUGGUGCACUUUCACUUUAUCUCAGUUAUUACUAAGUGGAUUUGAUUCAAACUUAAAAUAUUUGUUUAACAUCAUCACUCACAUCAUAUGACACAAGGGCCAUAACUCUUGCACCAGUAUUUCAUGAAUUAUCCCCCUUUUUACUUAGAAUUUCAGGUUAAUGUUUUGGUGCAUUUUUAGCUCGACUAUACGAAGUAUAAGGAGAGCUAUCCUACUCGACCCGGCGUCGGCGUCUUUUCGCGUCCCCACCUUGGUUAAAGUUUUUUUUACACUUUCUCUUUUUUCAACUUAUCUCUGUAACUACUUGAUGGAUUUGCUUCAAACUUGAAAUACUUAUUCCUCAUCAUCAUCCACAUCAUCUGACAUAAGGGCCAUAACUCUGGCACCAAUAUUUCAUGAAUUAUCCCCCCUUUUCACUUAGAUUUUCAGGUUAAAGUUUUGAUGCACUUUCGCUUUAUCUCUGUUAUUACUGAAUGGAUUUGAUUCAAACUUAAAAUAGUUGUUCAACAUCAUCACCCACAUAAUAUGACACAAGGUGCAUAACUCUGGCGCCAUUUUUUCAUGAAUUAUUCCCCCUUUUUACUUUGAAUUUCAGGUUAAAGUUUUGGUGCACUUUCACACUACCUCUGUUAUUACUGAAUGGAUUUGAUUCAAACUUAAAAUAGUUGUUCAGCAUCAUCACCCACAUCAUAUGACACAAGAUGCAUAACUCUGGCACAAUUUUUCAUGAAUUAUUCCCCUUUUUACUUAGAAUUUCAGGUUAAAGUUUUAUGCACUUUCACUCUAUCUCUGUUAUUACUGAAUGGAUCUGAUUCAAACUUAAACAAUUGUUCAACAUCGUUACCCUUAUCAUAAGACACAAGGUGCAUAACUCUGGGACCAAUUUUUCAUUAAUUAUUUCCCCUUUUUACUUAGAAUUUUAGGUUAAAGUUUUGAUGCACUUUCACUCUGUCUCUGUUAUUGUACCCCCCCCCCCCACGACAAUCUUGUGCGCACCAUCUCUCCUCAUCCCCUAGACACAAUUUAAUGAAACUUCACACAAGUGAUCAGUACCAACAGUAGUUGUGCAUGGGGCAUGUAAGGUUCUUUUAGAAAAAAAAUUUGCAGAGUUAUGGGACUUUGUUUUUUUGUUACUAUACUAUAUACAUAGACACAAUCUUGUGCGCACCAUCUCUCCUCAUCCCCUUGACACAAUUUAAUGAAACUUCACACAAGUGAUCAGUACCAACAGUAGUUGUGCAUGGGGCAUGUUAGGUUCUUUUAGAAAAAAAAUUUGCAGAGUUAUGGGACUUUGUUUUUUUGUUACUGUACUAUAUACAUAGACACAAUCUUGUGCGCACCAUCUCUCCUCAUCCCCUUGACACAAUUUAAUGAAACUUCACACAAGUGAUCAGUACCAACAGUAGUUGUGCAUGGGGCAUGUUAGGUUCUUUCAGAAAAAAAAAUUGCAGAGUUAUGGGACUUUGUUUUUUUGUUACUAUACUAUAUACAUAGACACAAUCUUGUGCGCACCAUCUCUCCUCAUCCCCUUGACACAAUUUAAUGAAACUUCACACAAGUGAUCAGUAACAACAGUAGUUGUGCAUGGGGUAUGUUAGGUUCUUUCAGCGACAAAAAUUGCAGAGUUAUGGGUCUUUGUUUCUUGUUAACAUACUAUGUACAUACAGUCUGCAUAUGCAAUCUUGUGCGUGCCUAAUCUACCAAACCCUUGCACACAAUUUAAUGAAAUUUCACACAAGUGAUCAGUACCAACCCUAGUUGUGCAUGGUGCAUGUUACAUUCUUUUAGAUAAAUAUUCUGCAUAGUUAUGGGACUUUGUUUUUUGUUACUAUACUGUAUACAUACAGUCUAUAUACAUACAGUCCACAUAAUUAUGCAAUCUUGUGUGUGUCAAAUUGCAAUGUACUGUGUCAGUGCAUGCGGGGGGUACAUUCAUCACCUUUAGUGAUAGCUCUAGUUACUGAAUGGAUUUGAUUCAAACUUAAAAUAGUUGUUAAACAUCACCCACACCAUGUGAUGCAAGGUGCAUAACUCUGGCACCAAUUUUUGAUUAAUUAUUCCCCCUUUUUACUAAGAAUUUUAGGUUAAAGUUUUGAUGCACUUUCACUCUGUCUCUGUUAUUACUGAAUGGAUUUGAUUCAAACUUAAAGCAGUUGUUCAACAUCAUCACCCACACCAUAUGACACAAGGUGCAUAACUCUUGCACCAAUAUUUAAUGAAUUAUGCCCCUUUUUGCUUAGGGUAUACUUAUAUAGUGUUUUAAUACAUUUUAUCUUUACUUCUCUUAUUACUUUAAGUUGAUAUUUUUGACAUAGACUCAGGCUAUUGUGCAAUAUCUUCAUUCACAAUUGGAGUCAUUAAACACUCCAGUGACAGCUCUAGUUUCCUCAGAUGUGCCCAGUUUCACUAUCCAGCAUCGAAAUAGUCGAGCGUGCUGUCUCCUGUGACAGCUCUUGUUAGCUCACCUGUCACAAAUCGUAAAACUGAAUUUCAUUGACCAUGAAUGUGACCUACUGACUUUCUUAAUAUUUUGUCAUCAGUUUGACAUUUGAAACAUGUAGCUCAUAUUACUAAGGUGA